ACAAAAGGAUGCCGGCUGCCUUUAACAAACACAGAAGAAGAAGAAGCUAUUUAAAAAGCCAAUGAGGAAGUAAAGUCUGUCUACAAACAGCUGUGGUCAGCAGUAUCCAUCCUUUUGCAGAGAUGGCUGAUCUGGGCUUGACAAAACAAUGGCUAUCUGUUCAGCUGCUGCUCCUGUGGACACUGACCAACAUCUCUGAGUCCACAGUUUUUUUGUUUGCUCCGGAUGCUGUCACACUAGAAGAAAAUUCUAAUGCUAACAUCACAAUUACUACCAGUUCCCCGGUGAACCAGUCAGCUGUGAUUCAGUUAAAUGUCACCUACAGCUCCACGUUGAACUACUCAUCUGUAAUCACCCUGCCUGAACAGGUGUUGCUGCCAGUGGAUGCAACCUCACUCCCUUUUAGUGUGGCUUCCCAUGAUGUUGGUCAGGUGACCACAUACCUGUUUAGCAACAACACGGACUUCAACAAUCUGCCUGUGAGGAUCCGCUUCAUGGUUGUCCAUAGCAACAUCCUGUCAGUAAUUGCUCAGGUGAUAGGCUGGAUUUAUUUCCUGGCCUGGUCAGUAUCCUUCUAUCCACAAGCCUGGGAAAACUGGAGGAGGAAAAGUGUUAUAGGUCUUAACUUUGACUUCCUGGCUCUCAACCUAACUGGCUUCAUUGCUUACAGUGUCUUCAACAUAGGGCUGUUCUGGGUGCCAUAUAUCAAGGAGGAGUUUCUGAAGAAGAACCCUAAUGGAAUUAACCCUGUCAGCGCUAAUGAUGUCUUCUUUAGCCUUCAUGCUGUGCUGCUCUGUUUGGUCUACAUCAGCCAGGCUGCUGUUUAUGAGAGGGGCAAUCAGAAGGUCUCUUGGACAGCCUUGGUUUUAUUGCUGAUUGGCUGGACAUUCGCUUUGGUCAGCUUGUUCCUUGCUGUAGCCAAACAAAUCACCUGGUUGGAUUACCUCUACUACUUCUCCUACAUUAAACUAGCAGUCACGCUGAUCAAAUAUGUGCCACAGGCGUACAUGAACUACAGGAGACAAAGUACUGAGGGGUGGAGCAUUGGCAAUGUGUUGCUGGACUUCACUGGUGGAAUCCUCAGCAUUCUACAGAUGAUCUUACAGUCUUACAACAACGAUGAGUGGAAGCUGAUAUUUGGUGAUCCAACAAAGUUUGGUCUGGGUAUGUUGUCUGUGGUAUUUGACAUCCUAUUCAUCAUUCAGCACUACUGUCUCUACAGACAGUCGCCAAGGUAUGAAGUUGUUGCAGCACAAGGGGACUGAUGACUCAGUGCUGUGUUAUACUGUGUCAAGGGAGCACGUGAUUUCUACCAGUCAGCAAGAUUAAGUGCACAUGAUCAGCCAAGAAAUGAGGUCCUUGUGGUCUUCAUGUCUGACUUCUGUUAUAUGUUGCAGCAGCUUUUAUUGACUUGUGUCCAGCAGCCCCGAGCUUAGUGUGCCACCUUCUAAAAUAUUUCAGGAUCAGCAUUUUUUUUAAAUUUUGAUUGAUGGAAUCUGUAAGAAAGUGAUGUAAUGGUGUAAACACUUGAUUAA